AAAUGGGAAUUUCCAGGAUAAAGUGAGCUGGAAUUUAAAAGGGAAAAAGGAGAAUAAUUCUCCACAGGGACACCUCAAAUUCUAAAAAACAGAACAGAAUAAAUCCAGGUGUGCUCCUGGCACACAAUACUGCAUAAAACCAUGGGAUUGGGGAUUGGGAAUCACUGGCACAUCCCUGCUUAGAUACAAACAGCUGUCCCAAAAAAAAAAUUUGGGAAUUUUGGGCAGCAGGGAGAGCUUGGGGUGAGGUUUGUGUCCCUCAGAGCUCAGUCCUGGGUACCAAAUCCCUUCCCAGGUGGGAUUUUGGAGCAUUUUCCUGGGGAAAAAAUGUCCUGUGGGAAUGUUCAGGGGAUGGAUUUGGGUUUGGUUGGGGAGCAGGAGGCAGCAGCUGCAGCUGCAGUGCCAGGGAACCGCCCCAACAUCUGGAAUUUGGCUGUUUCACCUCCCCAACAUCUGGAAUUUGGCUGUUUCACCUUCCCAACGUCUGGAAUUUGGGUGUUUCACAUUCCCAGCCUCUGGAAUUCUGCAGUUUUACCUUCCCAACAUCUGGAAUUCAGGUGUUUCACAUUCCCAACAUCUGGAAUUUGGCUGUUUCACCUUCCCAACAUCUGGAAUUCAGGUGUUUCACAUUCCCAACCUCUGGAAUUCUGCAGUUUUACCUUCCCAGCCUCUGGAAUUCGGCUGUUUUACCUUCCCAGCCUCUGGAAUUUGGGUGUUUCACCUUCCCAGCCUCUGGAAUUCUGCAGUUUUACCUUCCCAACGUCUGGAAUUCAGGUGUUUCACCUUCCCAGCCUCUGGAAUCUGGCUGUUCCCGAUCUGUUCAUUCGAGCCCUCCCCAUCCCAGCUCCUCACAGGAAUAAUCACAGAGCUGCUCCAGCUGACAGGGCAAAAAAAAAUCCCUUUAUUCCCUCAGGAACUCGAGGAACGGGGGAGCUCCAGGUGCAUUCCCAGCCCUGGAAUCCAUGGAGAGUCUGGCAAGGGGACAUCCCAGAGGGACAGGGACAUUCCAGAGGGACAGGGACAUUCCAGAGGGACAGUGACAUCCCAGAGGACAUCCCAGAGGCACAGGGACAUUCCAGAUGCUUGAAGACAUUCCAGAGACACAGGGACAUUCCAGAAGCAGAGGGACAUUCCAGAGGCUUGGGGACAUUCCAGAGGCUUGGGGACAUCCCAGAUUUGGGGUCUGCCAGCAAUGCCAGGAAUGCAGCAGGUUCUGUUUGGCACCCCUGGGGUGGGGAUGGAGCAGAUCCAGGAGAGGGAUUUUUGUCCUGUCCCUCAUCCCCACGGAGCUGAGCAGAUCCAGGAGAGGGAUUUUUGUCCCAGAUCCUGUCAGGGCACCAGGUCCUGUCCCUGUUCCCAUCCCUGAGCACAUCCAGAGGCUCUGGCACCACUGCAAUGGGGAUUUUAUCCCAGAUUCUGUCAGGAAAGCAGGUCCAGUCCCUGAUCCCAUUCCCAAACUGAUCCAGGGGUUCCUGGUGUCACUCAAAUGGGGAUUUUAUCCCAAAUCCUGUCAGGGCAGAUGGUCCUGCUCCAGUUCUUCAUCCCUGAGCAGAUCCAGAGGCUUUGGUGUUACUGGAAAUGGGAUUUUAUCUGUUAUUCAUUUUAAAGAGGAUCCAGAGUCUCUGGCAGAACUGGAAAUGGGUUUUUGUUCCAGAUUCUGUCAGGAAAGCAGGUCCAGUCUGUUAUCCCAUUCCUGAGCAGCUCCAAGGGCUCCUGGUGUCACUCAAAUGGGGAUUUUGUCCCAGGUCCUGUCAGGGCAGAGGGUCCUGUUCCAGUUCUUCAUCCCUGAGAAGAUCCAGAGGCUUUGGCAUUAUGGGAAAUGGGGUUUUGUCUGUUAUU